UUGUAGGUUAACUCGAUCAUGGAAGAUUAUCUUAAGUAUAAUAUGUAUAUUUACUUUUCUUCUUGUGGGACUUCUAAACCAUCAUUGGCUUAAACAAACAGAGUUUCAUCAGAAAUCCAGUCAAUUAUAUGCCAUGAUUGCAGAAUAUGGUUCAAGACUUUAUAAUUACCAGAUCAGACUUCGUAUGCCUAAAGAGCAACUGGAACUCUUAAAGAAGGAAAGCCAGACUUUGGAAAACAAUUUUCGUGAAAUUCUAUUUUUAAUUGAACAAAUAGAUGUUCUGAAAGCAUUACUUAGAGAUAUGAAGGCUGGCACAUACAAUUACAGCUGGAACGUCCAAGGAGACACUGCCCAGGACCAGGACAGCUCAGAGACGCUCGAUGAGGAAAUGUCAAACUUGAUACAUUAUGUACUCAAAAAGUUGAGAGGGGACAUGGUACAAAUGGCUGAUUAUGCCCUGAAGUCAGCUGGAGCCUCUAUCAUUGAAGCUGGGACCUCAGCAAGUUACAAAAAUAAUAAAGCAAAACUGUACUGGCAUGGGAUAGGAUUCUUAAAUUAUGAAAUGCCUCCAGAUAUUAUUCUUCAGCCAGAUGUCCAUCCUGGAAAAUGCUGGGCCUUUCCAGGUUCCCAGGGUCAUAUUCUAAUCAAGCUUGCCAGGAAAAUCACACCAACGGCUGUUACCAUGGAGCACAUUUCAGAGAAAGUGUCACCCUCAGGAAACAUCUCCAGUGCACCCAAGGAAUUUUCUGUCUAUGGCAUCACAAAAAAAUGUGAAGGAGAAGAAAUUUUCCUAGGUCAAUUUAUAUACAACAAGACAGAAAACACCAUUCAAACAUUUGAACUCCAGCAUGAAGUUUCUGAACCUUUAUUAUGUGUGAAUCUUAAAAUCCUUAGCAACUGGGGACACCCAAAGUAUACUUGUUUGUAUCGAUUCAGGGUUCAUGGUGUCCCCACUGAUCACACCUAGAGGAUAUGGCACAGAAGGCCAAGACCACAUGUCCAGAAUAUUCUAGGAUUCUCAUUCCUUGAGAUUAGACUGCACCCCUAGAAGUCAAAAAUUGAGAGUGGGAAAGAAACCUCAAAGUAGUUCCUACUUGCC